AGUUGUCUGUUGGUUCAACCCGCAGAGAGCUGUCAGCGGCGCUUAGUUGAGCUUCGAAAGGUGUAUGCCUCGUCAUACGGCCAUGGGAACGAUUUGGUUUGUAACCGAAAAAUAAGAUAAAUAAUAGAAGAUUGAUUAUCCUUUUUAUUGUGCCAUUUGCUCAAUUGAUUGCAAUCAGUUACAAACCGUCGCAAGUUGAGCAGCGAGUGCUUGCUUUCACGUGGGUGGGACGGGUGAGGAUUUGUGAUUGUGGUGGGGGGGAUUGGAUUGUCAUGAGUUUGGAGCAGUGUCCGGAGCAGCAGCAGAAGGAGGUCAACCCGGGAUCGGACGAACGUGAACAAGGGGGUAUAAUAUCGAAAAACGACAAGGAUCAAGGCGGCAUGGUAACCACAAAGGGAGUAGGUCUGAACCCCAAUGCCAAAGUCUGGCAGGAGAUCUCUACGCCCCAGAGCCAAGUCCCAGAGGAGGGCACAGAGGGCCCCUACUUGCUCCAGACGACCCCCGCCUCUGCUGAUGUCACCGAGGGUUACUCAGAGGUACCCCCUGCUGGGGGUAAGGGGUAUGGCAUGGGAUACUCAGACCCCUCCUUGGACAGCAGUGCCCCUGCACCUACAGAGGGUGUAGUGAACGGCAUGGACCCCCCUGAGCUGGGGUAUCCCCUCUAUGACUCUGUGACUGGGUCAGCAGUGGAGGGGGAGGCAGUGAAGGAAAAGCAGCCCCUCGCAGAGGUGAGCAUGAGAGAAUCUCUGAAGAAACAGCUGGAGUUCUGCUUCUCCAGAGAGAAUCUGUCCAAGGACUUGUACCUGAUGUCCCAGAUGGACAGUGACCAGUUUGUCCCCAUCUGGACCAUCGCCAGCAUGGAGGGCAUCAAGGUCCUCACCACUGACAUGGACCUGAUCCUGGAGGUGCUACGAGCCUCGCCCAUGGUACAAGUUGACGAGAGUGGUGAAAAGGUUCGGCCCAACCACAAGCGCUGCAUCAUCAUUCUGAGGGAGGUGCCCGAGACCACACCGGUAGAGGAAGUGGAGGCCCUCUUUAAGAAUGAAAACUGCCCCAAAGUGAUAAGUGUUGAAUUUGCAGCCAACAACAACUGGUACAUCACGUUCCAGUCGGACACUGAUGCACAGCAGGCCCACAGAUAUCUAAGGGAAGAAGUGAAAACAUUUCAGGGAAAACCCAUCAUGGCUCGUAUCAAGGCCAUCAACACAUUCUUUGCAAAGAAUGGCUACCGUAGCGUACCAGACUCCAGUGUGUACAGCCAGCAGGGCCAGUCUCAGUCCCAGUACAGCUCUACACACCUCUACAUGCAGCAGGUGUUCAGCCCCCAGCAGCAGUACCCACUCUACCCCCUGGUGCCCCCCACCUGGAACCCAUCGCCUGCCCCUUAUUUCGAGACCCCACUGGCCCCGUUCCCCAACAGUGGUUUUGUGAACAGCUUCAGCACCCCUGGGAACUACAAGACUGGCACCAGUCCCCUGGGCCUCGGACGAUUGCCCUUCAACAGCAACCGUGUCCCCCUCUAUUCCAGAAAGAAUGUAAUCAAUGCCUUCAGGAACCAUGUGAAGAGCCAGCCCCGGCCAUGUGACGAGGCCCUACCUCCCUCUGUGACCCCCGUACCCCCCCUGGUGGAUGGCCUGUCUGGCCCCUCCAGCCCUCAGCCACCCCGGAUGGCAGGGGCUCCCCUGGUUUGCACCCCUGAACAUGGCCCUGCUCUUACCUCCUACGCCCUCAGGGACACCCUUCCACUGCCUGCAGAGGAGAUGUCUAACGGAGACCUGGGCAUUGCUGGCAGAGGCAGGAGAGGCAGCUAUCGAGGGAUGCGCAGAAGGAGAGAGGACGAGCGGAUCACGAGGCCCAUCCCUCAGAGCGGGGUUAAGGUUCCACAGCCCAAGUUUGACUUGGCGACCUCUAACUUCCCGCCGUUGCCUGGGAAUGCGGUCAGCGCGCAGGGAGAAGAGCCCGUGCUGGAGACGCGCAUGUCUGACGUGGUGCGGGGCCUCAAGGGGGUGACCAGUGACAAGCCUGAGGUGAGUAAGGAGUCUGUGGCCCCUCCAGUUAGUGCCCAGGAGGAAACUGUGAGCGCGCCCAGUCCUGUCAUGCCGGCCCUCAAACCCCCCACCCCUCUGGUUGUGGAGCCCCCUGGUCGAAGUGUUGCUCACCCGGUGAAGAAAGUGGAGAAGCCUGAGCCUCAUGUCCAAAGGGAGCCUGCUCCAACCCCCACACCACCCUCUUCUCUGUCAACCCCCUCACAGCCCGCUGCUGCUACCAAACCCACCCCUACCCCCACCAGCAGUCAGUCCAUCUCCAUGACAACACCAGUCCCCGCUGCCCCCACUACCACACCGGAGCCAAGGAAGCUGAGCUAUGCUGAGAUGUGCAAGCGGCCAGCCACCCUGCCCCCAGCCCCCAGCACCUCCCCCAACCCUCCCACCACCUCAGCCAGCCAACCCCUGCGGGAGCUUCUCGUCAACAAGGCCGACGAGCCCGCCUCCUCCAGCAGCAAUGGCGAUAUGCCGGAGAAACCCGAGAGGUCUGGAGAAGGCCGGCCCCCCCGUGACCCCCUGGGCUCAUACCGUGGGGGCAACGGCCCUGCCCGAUCCGGAGGGAUGGGCCUAAAGUACCGGGAUCAGCAGAGAGGUGCCUCCAUGAGCAGACGGAUCUCCCCCCACGGCUGGGCUAGACGGAGUGGGAAGGAACAGAACAUUCCGCCCCGGUCGCCAAAGUAGUUUAAACCACAACCAACAGACUAACAGGAAAACAAACAGAUCUAUAUAUGUAAAGACAGAAAUAUAUGAAAAUAUAUUAUUGGAUGAAAGAACAUGUGCGUUCUUAAUCUAAAAGACCCUCCUGCAGCUCGGUCGGACACAGACUGAACUUUGUUUGGGAAACACUGCAAGCGGUAAUCAUUUUAAGAGGAGGGGGCGGACAUGAGUGUCACUAAUCACAAACUGAAGGACUUGUUUGAAAGAACAGUGAGACGCUGACAUGCGGUCUCCCCUUGGUUAGCUUGAAGGAUGGGCCCUCCACCGCUAAAUCUAUGAAUUUUAUUUUUAUGUGAAAGUGGGGUUUGAGGGAGGGGGGGACAAAUGUACGGUAAAGCUUUGUAUCUCCAAAAUACCAGUAGUUGCAAAGUAAGAAACAACAGUUGAGCUGUUAGCAACUCUAGUUAAUAUGCAACAAAGAAAAAGAUGUGGAUAUCUACCGAUAUGACGGAACUGAGUUGAUAUUACUUCCUUAUUAAUUUUUUUGUUGAGGGAGGGGUUAGUAAGGGAUUGUUCAUGAACUGUGUGGAAGUGGGUUUUUAUGAAGGUUCGAAGCAAGAGGGGGCCAAAUGGAUUUAGAAGUGUCUGUUUUUUAACUGUUCUGCGAGAUGGAGAGAGUUGGGAAGCCUGUCAAGUCAAGCUGCACAAUUUUAGGUGAAGAAACUGCCAUAGACGUGUCUGCUUUGAGAGUCUGGAAUUUUUAACCAGUGUGGAAAUGUGAAUUUAUUAAAAUUGUUGCAUUUCUUUUCAUGGUUGAUGGAAACGUUUGGUACACCCUUGCAUAAGUAGGACAUUCAAACCUUUACAAUAAUGGUGCAUGAAUACUUGAGCUGUGCAAAUUUGGGGACACUUUUGUAUAGUCAGACUAAUGUAACUGAAUUGUUAUAUUUGUCCCUUUCUCUUCAUUUACUAUCACUUCCAUACAGAUGGUUAAAUGUUUGGCUUUGUAUGUCAUGGGUAAAUGCUCAUCUAGGGAGGAGUCUUCCCUUAGCUGUUCAGUUAUUGUGAGGCACUGUCACCACUCUCAUCCUAGACACUUAAUGGUGCACGUAUCUGGCAUUUCAUGAAUUAUACAGUGUUGUACAUAGCCAUUUAAGAAGAGCAGUUUUUAUUUGUGGCUUGCACCGAAGCUGAACAUAUUGUAUUAAUAUUUACAUUUGUAUUCUCCUACCUACACGGUCAAAUGCAGGUUACCGGCGUUGAUUAUAUACCUUCCUUUUUAUGUCUUAAUGGAAUAGGCAGUGUUGAACAUCAAAUAGAAACCCUUCCACCCCAUAUAUCUGGUCAUUUCAACAUGCUCUGUUACCAUAUCUGUGCAACAGGCUCCCGGGUAGUCUUUCAUGCAUUUUGGUAGCUCUUGUAUAGGCUAGAUGGUAUCUCAUAGAGUAGUAAUGGCAGAUUUAGUGCAAUGGUAUCCCAAGCAUGAAACUGGUCUCUGGUACUCUAUGUAUUCCAACUUGCUCAUUUAAAAUGGCAAAAAUAGGCCUGAAUUCUGAAGCAAGUAAACAGACUCAAUUAUCAUGUUCUCUUAAGGCCGUGUCUACACUUAAUAGUUCAUUCAGCUUUUGUAUUCGGAUCAUAGUUCUCAUCAUGGAAUUCCGAAUGCGUCAUGCAUCUACACCUACAUUUUAAAUGUCUACCGUGUCCGGAAUCCCUUUUCCCGCGCUAUAUUCGAAUGCUAGUUCGCAUUCUACAAACGGUUGAAUAGGCAAAGUAUGACUCAAACAACUGAUGGCAGUAGCUACUACUGUAGCUAGCAAGCAACGCCAAAGGGAUUGCAAACGCGUUAGCAUAACACUAGCCAAACAAAUUGUUUGACUCAAAAAGUAUGACUCAAACAAAAUAUUAGCUAGCUGGCUAACGUUUGAGUCCAGAAAACACGUUCCUAGCGUGUGAGGAAUGCAUUUCCUUCAACGUUAUAAUGAAACUGCUUCUCGGUCCCAAAACAAGUUUUCUGGAGACUUAUGGGUUGAGUGCUGAUGACGUCGCCCACUGUAUGCGCUUUCUGUAGCCUGAUGCGUCAUAGGAUUAGAUUGUAAUUUCUUUCCUCGUACAUUUCACUUUUUGAUUUUCUCUUCAUCUUAGAUUUGUUUUGAUUGAAGAUUUUAAUGCUUAUCAUGAUUUUUGAAUUCUGUACAUGUCCAUUGAUUGCAAAAAGGAAACUUUAGAGCGUUUGUCGUGCACAUGUUAAUGAUGGGUCGCACAUGUCAGAGUAAAAACAUUUGUUUGUUUUAGGAACUCAGUUGGGGUCUCAAUUUACUGUUUAGAGUUAGAAUAGUAGAAUACACUAGGUACAACUUUAGAAAUUUAAUGGUGCAUAAGCAGUUUUACUCUUGUCAGUCACUCUUUUAGCCAUGUCAGCAAACACGUUUUUGAUUGGUAAAUUAGUCUAGCCAGCUAUCUAAACUUGUAUCAUCAAGGCCGAAACCCACCGGGCACGCCCAGGGGCCCUGACCUCCAGGAGGCCCCCAUUGAGUUGGUUAGUCACUCUCACUUAGAUAUCAUGUUAACAUGGCAUAAGUCAUGGCACAAUGUUUAGAAUUGCAGGAAAUUAGCUAUAAAACUGCAAAGAUGCAUCUCCAUCCCAUGGCAGUAUAUCUUUUAUAAAGUUGCAAAAUUCUCUCUGCCCCAUGGCAAAAUGUGUAGAAUUUAGGAAAUGUACUUUAAAACUAAAAUGUUUCUCUCUGCCAUCAAGAGGGGGGGGGGCAUUCUUUCCUAACCAAAUCAUGCUUAGGGCCCCCAAAAGGGUGCAUCAUUUCAUGAGCUUGGGUCCCAGGCUGAAAAAGUUUAAGAACCCCUGCUUUAGAGUGAUAUCUUAAAUGUAAAUGAUGUUAGAGUUGACUAGAUGUGGGGGAGCAUCAACCUUAAUAUCUGUUCUCUCGAUGCUCUUACAAACUCAUAAUUUAGCCUUUGUGUAUGAAUGGAUUGAACACCAUCCAGACAAGUCAAGCAAGCAAAAAUACAAUUUUGGGAGCUUGCGCAAAUCUGGGCAGGAAGUGGAUAUCAACUGUUGCUGAAACAGGAUUGGACAGUCAUGGCUUAAUGAAUGUAGUCCUGUUUGAGUGAAGGGCACUUUCAUAAGUGGUGUGAAUGUUCUUGUACUGAUGAUUUUGCGCCUAGCAGGCUUGUCUUUAACUGGAUUGUGUUAAAGAUGACAAUGUGUUGCGAUUUUAAUUUUUUCUCAUUCUGUUCUGCUGUAUUAGUGAGCACAUUUGAGAUAAUGUUUUGAAAGAGUUCUGCAGUUUGACUUUAUAAAAUGUAUUGUAACUAAUGUACUUUUUUUUUUCAAUGCAUUUUUAGUAUGGCUUUAAUUGUUCCCCAAAAUGUAUGUAAUAGUUGAGUAUACAAUAUCUGAUUUGAGAAUUUGCUAAAUUGAGAAUUCAGUGCAUUGCCUGGGUGCUAGCAGUGCAGUAACAUGUUAUCUAUGUAAUCACUGGGCCUGUUUUUCUGAUUUUAUAUUUUUACAUCCAUUAAUGGCUAAACUACUAGCAGGUAGUGGUGUUUUGGAAUGAAAUGCGCUAACUUUUGUUUUAAAAUAAUCUCCCUUAUUCUGUAAGGUGUAGAAUCAUCAUUUUAGAUGUCUACCUUGAAGAAAAGCAGUUUUACUGUUUCGAUUGUUCUAGCAUUUCUCUACUGGGACAAAGGGGUUGCAGGUGGGACAUAGUAACAUAAGUGGGGUGUGAGACACUGAAUUACUGAUUUUAGUAGAUGUCUGAACAAAAAAAGAGUUAAAGAAAAUAAUAAAGUACAUGUUUUGGCCUUAGUGAUUCUGGGUCCUGUGCUUGCAAUGAUUUUGCCGUCCGUGCUCAGUAGUUCUGUGGUCUUGUACCGGACCUCUGUGUUAAGAUGUUCGUUGAGCGUGUUUGUGUGUCAGGGUGCGUCUAUGCCUCUCCACCAGUCCUACUUUGACAGUCCCCUGUCAUGUCUAAAUAAAUAAAAUUUCAGGCCUAACUAAAAUUCCAGUGCCUUCUCAGUGUUGAGGUUUUCCUUCUCUGCAAAGUAAGAGUAACAUGAACACAUUAAUUCGGAACAAGGCAGGUUUGUUGGUUUAGUGGAAAGACAAAAAUACAUGGCUCAUACUCCCAAAGUGAUCAUUUAUACAUUGUCAUUGAACUUGAGCGAGAGUGUGUGUGUGUGCUGUGUCACAUAGAAAUGUAAGCGCCUCGCAUGACUGCUGAAAUUGUAAUGUGCUGCUUCAAUAACAACAGCUCCUUUGAAAACCAGUGAAAAGGUGAAGCAAGUCGGAUGGUGUGAGCAGGAACGUAUACACACUGGUUUACUGUGUUGUGAAUGUAUCAUUGCAAACAUGAACAUGUACGAGAAUAAACAUUUUAAACACUG